AAUUAAAAUUGACAGAAUGCGAGAAUAUCACACAAUCUUCACAAAAUAUGAUAAUAUUUCGAAAUUGAAAUAAACUAGCUGCAUUUAUAGUAACCGUCAUAUCUGGGGUUUUGAAGGAUAACAUACUGCAUAAAAAAUUGUCGAAGCCAACAAUCGGAAUGCCUAUAUUGAACGAUGCAAAUAAAGCGAUACCAAAUUUUGCAAGGAGCAUCAGUAGUAGGAGGUUAUCAAUGUCGUAUCAGACUCAAUUACCCCGUCUACCCGUUCCAGACCUGACGGAAACAUUGGAAAGAUAUUUACUCUGUGUUAAGCCGCUAGUCCCUGAAAUACAGUUUGAAAAAACAAAACAGAUUGUAGAAGAAUUUGGAGCUGAUGGUGGCAUCGGUGAAACACUGCAAAAUCAUUUAUUAAAAAGAGCGAAGAAUGUUGUCAAUUGGUCGUAUGAUUGGUGGCUCGACGACAUGUAUCUCAACAAUCGCGCGCCUCUACCGGUAAACUCUAACCCUGGAAUGCUGUUACCAAAGCAAAACUUUAAAACGGAAAGUGAACGGCUGAGGUUUGCUGGGAAGUUGAUUGCAGGAAUUAUGGACUACAAGAAAAUAUUAGACUCGGAAGCGUUACCGGUUGACAUCGCACACGGACAAUUAGCCGGACAACCACUUUGUAUGAAACAAUAUUACAGACUAUUAUGUUCCAGUCGUUUACCAGGGAAACCAAGUGACAGACUCGUACAGGUUUCGUCAACAGAAGAAAAUCAUGCAGGACAUUUUGUAAUCGCACAUAACAACAAGUUUCAUGUACUCAACGCCAUUUCGCCAAAAGGCGAGCGUAUAUCGGAACCAGAUAUCGUUGACCUACUUGAAAAAAUUGUAGAUGACAAGAUUGAUGACAGAACAAAUCCCAAUUUCUCUGUUGGAGUUCUAACCUCAAUGGGAAGAUCAGAGUGGGCGGAGGCUCGUGAUAUUCUUAUGCAAAACCCCGUCAAUCGUAAAUCGAUUGAAUCGAUAGAGAAAAGUAUUGCGGUUGUGUGUUUGGAUAAACCUUUGAAAGUAGAGACAAAUGACGUCAAUCUCGGGCACCAAAUGUUACAUGGAAUGGGGAAUUCGUGCAAUAGAUGGUUUGAUAAAACAAUACAAUUCAUCAUCGGAUCGGACGGAGUAACGGGGCUGGUUUAUGAACAUUCCGUAUCAGAAGGGAUUGCUGUUAUUAGCCUGGUUGAGCAUCUUUUGAAACACAUUGAAGAGUCUAACCCAGAGGAAGUAAACUUUGAAAUGUCGCCAGUUCUGUUACCUCCCGAAUGUCUCAGAUGGGAAGUUGAAAGUGCAAAGGUUAAAAGAUACAUGGAUUUGGCCAGGACAGGUUUGGUGAAGGUGGCAAAUAAUUUGGAUCUGAAAAUACUCAGAUUCUCUGAUUAUGGGAAGGAAUUUAUAAAAAGACAAAACAUCAGCCCUGAUGCUUAUAUACAAGUUGCUCUUCAACUUUCAUUCUAUAAAUUAUAUGGCCAUUUGGUCUCAACGUAUGAAAGUGCGUCUACUAGAAGAUUUAGAGAAGGACGUGUUGAUAAUAUACGUGCAGCAACCGUCCAAGCAUUGGACUUUGCAAAGAGUGUGACGAUUCCAGAUGAAAAUGGAAAAAUAGCAUUGAACGCACGAAACAUGAUGUUACUUCGUAAAGCGAUAAAAGCUCAAACAGACUACACAAUAGCCGCAAUCACGGGUCUUGCAAUCGAUUGUCAUCUUGUUGGAUUGAAAGAGGCAUCCAAAGAACUGAAGCUACCAAUUCCUGAAUUGUUCUCAGAUCCUUCGUACGAUAUUUGUAAUUAUUUUACUCUGUCAACUAGUCAAGUCCCUACUAACACGGAUUCUUUCAUGUGUUACGGUGCGGUAGUUGAAGAUGGCUACGGAGUUUCAUACAAUCCUCAUCCCGAUAGAAUUGUGUUUUGCAUCUCCUCUUUCCGCAGCUGUCCCAGUACAUCAUCAGAAAAAUUUGCAGGAGCGAUUACGGAAAGCUUUCGUAUCAUGAACGAGUUAUGUCGACAAUGGAACAGAAGGCGAUCUUCAAGUCUUGCUUCGUGUAAACGUUUCAUAUCAGAAACAAUCGUAGUACCGCGGAAGCAAGCAAUAAAUCGAGAAAUGUCACCCAGGAGUUACUCUGUAGAUAACGAUGAUCUUCGACGGCGUGGAAGAUCGUUGGUUGGCCUGAAAAGUUUGACGAUAGAGUCAUUACCGGAAGAAGGAAGCGAAAAUCUCCUAAACAGGAAAUUGAGCGACGCGAGAAAGAACAAGAAGAACUAUUACCUUUAUAGCAAGCGUCGAUCGGGUGGAGUAUUAGCUCGAGAGAAAAUGCACCAUGCACUCAGUCGACAACUCAGUGCCGAGCGUCUGUUACAUUUGAAAUGCAAUAUUGAUGCUUGCAAAAAUAACAAUAAUCAUAGCAUGAGCGAACAGCACAUAGGUGAAGUUCGUCUUAGCUCUAAACAUUCGCUAUGAUAAUUUCUAUUAACCCCUUUUCAAUUAGCGAAACUUCAUCUUUCAUAUAUCUAUUCCUCACUACUGGUUUGAAGAACUCUCCUAGAAUAUUUUAACAUGCUUCUGAGCAUGAAGCUGUGUUAAUUUAUACACUAUCUGAUUGUAGCCUACAAUUCAAGUUGACUUCCAAAAAAAAAUCGGAAGUAUUGAAUUACUUAUUUAUCUGUUAUCGAUGUGUUCAACUUUCCCAUAGCAUGGUGACAUACUGUACUUGUGGACUAGUCGGUUACUCAAAAUUAAAGUAAAAUUCUCCAAUUAUCAAAGAGCUUUUGAAGUCUAAUCAGCUUAAACAGUCGUUAAAAAAACUUAGUACUUCAAAAAUAAAACUUAAUUCGUUGUUUCCCUAAUUAAAAACUAUAUACUCCUUCUAUAUACAUCAUAAAUAUUUAUUUGAAAUAUAUUAAUCUUUCAUCGUUUAUACUUGUUAUUAUUUUCUUUUAUUUAAAAUAUAAUCAUUCGUAAAAUAAAGACUUCUUUAUAGUAACAUUUUUCGAUUAAAGUCGGGCCUAUUACGCGAAUGUCAAGUUAUUGAAGGUAAUAUGCCAUUAAAUCAGGCCCGACGGGCGUUUACUUAUGGCGUCCCUGAUCCCCGCCUAAGGAUUCUCAAGCUACUGUGUUAGCACAGAAACAAUUUCGUUAUUAUUCGCUUACAUGAAGCAAAUCUUUCGAAUAAUUUCCCCAGAUUCUUUCAUCUGAAAACGACGCAAUCCAUCAUCAGUAUCUCAAAAAAAUGUUAGAAUUAGAAUAUUUGCAGUUGGAAUAGGUAAAGCAUAUACAUUACAUAUGAAAUGAAAUGUGUGCUAUGUUCCGGGUUAUGAUACUUUAUCAAAGGGUCAGCAUAACUGAAGUGGAAUUAAUACAAUUGGGACAAGCAAGAC